AUUCUCGUUCUUAGUACAUAGUUGCAAUGCUCGAUUUUUCCCUUUACGUUCAAGUACUCGCAUAGCGUGGCGUGGGACAUACCCUGUCUUGAUUUUUAUGUUGUUGAAUGAAGGUGUAUGAUGUUAUUUUUUACCCUUUCUUCCUUUCUCCCUUUCCGACUCCCUUUCCUCCUUUCCAGUUUUUGUUCUCCCUCGAGUUCGAAGUACUCCUUUUCCCUUGUCCACGUGCAAUGUUUUACACUUCUCUUUUGUCUGACGGCGGCCUUGGUACCCUUCAAAAGAUCAAUUUCCCCUGGACUUCAUAUGAUUUAUCCUUUAUAUCUUCGACCUGUCACCAGCUUGUCUGCUGCUGGUGUUUGUGUUGUUUGUUGUCAACUUUGGACACCAUUAUGAUUGUAUGCUAUCUGUUUCUGGCAGAAUAAAAUUUACUUAUGUUCGAAUAUCUUCAAGUCCGUGCAUG